GGACGAACUGCUUCAGUCCAGCCAACUAUCCAGCAGCGGUCUUUCCUUCCGGCAUUCUAUUCCUUUGUGCUGGUCACUCUUUUGAACUGUCCUUCGUUUCUUGUUCUUAUCCCAAGUGUCCGCAGGUCGCAGAGCUUCCUGCGGCCAUUGCAAUAUGGUUUCUCUCAUUAAGGACUUGCUUCUUCUCUCUGCGGCUAUCGUUCCUUCUAUCGUUUCCGCUGCAGGACUCAGAGAGUCCUCCAAUAUAAUUCCUGGUGCUUAUAUUGUAGAGUUCGCUGAUGACUUCGCUGAUGGCUUGACCAAUGAUCAUUUGGACACCUUUUUCACAGAUCUGUCCCUGAAAAACAUCCCUGUCACGCCUCGAAUGAAUCUGUCUCACUCUUUUUUCAAUGGGGCUUCUUUCCAUUUAGGUAGUAUGCAUGAUGAGAAACGCACCCUGCGGCAGAUCACUUCUUUGGACUCGGUCAAAAAGAUCUAUCCUAUGCGCAGACACUCGCUUUCCCAUGAAGUGCAUUCCACAGGCAUUGGCAUGUCUCCUGUUGAAGCCCGGCUGCAGAAACGAGCGAAAUGGGAUACCUUCUCCACCCAUGCCAUGACUGGGGUAGACAAGGUCCGCGGAGAUGGCUACACGGGUAAGGGCAUCAGCAUUGCCAUUAUCGAUAGCGGGGUUGACUACACUCAUCCAGCUCUUGGUGGUUGUUAUGGUCCUGGUUGCAAGGUGUCUUAUGGGUAUGACCUUGUUGGAGACGACUUCACCGGCUAUAAUCUCCCCAUUCCACACCCCGAUCCUUUUGACAACUGUGUCGGCCAUGGAACCCACGUCGCCGGUAUCAUUGCCGCUGAACCCAAUGAAUAUGGCUUUACCGGGGUUGCUCCCAACGUGACUCUGGGCAUGUUUCGUGCACUUGGUUGCGCAGGCUUCACAACAGACGAUGUUCUUAUUCAAGCUUUUACCCUGGCAUAUGAUUAUGGUGCUGACUUGAUCACUGCAUCGCUUGGUGGCGGCAGCGGAGAAUACGAAAAUCCGUGGGUUGUCGUGAUGUCAAGGAUUGUCGAAGCUGGAGUGCCGUGCACACUUGCUGCCGGCAAUGAUGGGGAGUUUGGCCCGUUUUGUACAUCUGGGGGCGCAGACGGGAAGGGGGUUACUGCUAUCGCUUCAGUUGACAAUGAUGAGAUCCCCAUGCUGCUUAUUCCCGGGAACUACACGGUAGGCAACAUUGUCAACUCAUACGGAUGGACGCCGGGGCUACCAUCCAACAUCAGCAGUGGCACGUAUCGGUUGUAUGCCCUUAGCCACAAUAUCACUUCUACCGAAGAUGGCUGUCAUUUCUCCGAAGACAUUCCCGACCUGUCGAGAUACAUUGUCCUCAUCCGACUGGGGGGUUGCGGGGCCUGGAGAAAAGCCGCCAUCGCCGCUUCCUAUGGUGCCAAACAUGUCUUGUUUUACUACGACAUACCCGGUACCAGGACCAUUGACCUGGGUACUGAUCUGGUGGACUCCGUCGGCUUUGUGCCCGAAGAGCAAGCAAAGAUAUGGGUUGCGCUCCUGUCUGCCGGUGAAUACGUUUAUCUGGACGUGGAAGACCCUGAACACGCCACAAUGAAAUUGGACAGCCAUGCGAAUUCCAUCACUGGUAGCUAUCCCAGCAUUUUCACCAGCUGGGGUCCCACGACCGACGGCCGGCUCAAGCCGCAAGUCGCUGCUCCUGGCGGGUACAUCCUGUCCACCUUUCCUCUUAACAUGGGAGGGUAUGCAAUUCUCUCGGGCACAUCCAUGUCAACUCCCUUCGCCGCUGGGUCAAUUGCGCUCAUGAUGCAGAAAUUCGGAAAGCUCAGCCCAGCGACCAUUGAGAGCCUACUAUCCUCAACGGCCAACCCAACUGCUUUUAACGAUGGGAAGCGUACCUAUCCGUUCCUGGCGCCUGUUGCACAGCAGGGUGGAGGACUUAUCGACGUGUACAAAGCAAUCAAUUCAAAUACCGUGUUGAAUGUAUCUGGUAUUUCCUUCAAUGACACUGAGAACUUGCGCUCAGUGAGCUUCAGUAUUACGAACCAAGGCGACGAAGCUGUGGCUUACAGGCUAGGAUAUGUGCCCAGUCUCACCACUUACGCUCUCCCGGCUAACGAUUCCUCGGGCACGUAUGAUUUCUCUGUUGGCCACCCGCUAGACUUGGUUCCGGAGACUGCAAGAUUGUCGUUCAGCACGAGAACCGUCACCAUCGAGGCUGGCCAGUCCGCAACCAUUGAUGUCACGGCAACCUUACCAUCCGAUUUGACCACCUCUCGCAUCCCCGUGUACGGAGGAUACAUCACACUGAACGCAACUAACGGGGACUCCCUGUCCCUGCCGUAUCUGGGAGUCGCCGCAUCCCUCCGCGGUUUACGCGUCCUAAACACCCGUGGCAGGUCCGUAUAUCUCAGCUCGAGCACUAGCAACAACCUUGAUCCCAAUGUUAAUGGGCCUUACAAUGCGGUCAAGUCGGGAGCCAGUUUCACGCUCUCUUAUCCGUCCCGCUUGGGAAAGAAUGGUCCUUCGAUGCGGGCAAACACCACCUUUCCCACUCUUGUGGCCGAGUUACCUAUCGGAUCGCCUCUUGUUCGAGUGGACAUCCAACCCGUCGAAUCGAGACUUUCGAAUGCAACUACCACAGUGUUGGGCCAGCGGAUCCUGGGCUCCAUCCCAGGUUUCCCGAUGCAGCACGUCCCUCGGGACACCCUAAUUGCUAGCUGGGACGGGCAGUUAAGUGACGGGUCGUACGCGCCUGCUGGGAAGUACCGGUUCCUGGUGAGCGCGCUGAAGAUCUUCGGCGACCCGAAGAAGAAGGAGGAUUACGAACAGGUGAAGACGGUGACUUUUGGGAUCAAGUAUUUUUAGUGGGAUUGACUGGUAUUCCGGAUUAACCCCUUGAGACUGUUUAUUCUUGCCCGUCAGUAUGUUCAGCAGACAAAGAUUGCCAUCAAUGAAUACAGUUGUUAAUUUCAUUCCCAGUGUAGAUAUCACGUGAAAUAAAAUUCGAUGAUCA